GUUCCUGGGUGGAGCUCCACUUCAGCAGUAACGGAAACGGCAGCGGGAACGCCGUCGCUCCGACGGGCCAAGAGCAAGUGCCAGCCUCUAUUUCCAUUCACAAUGGUGACAUGGAGAAAAUACUGCUUGAUGCUCAACACGAAUCUGGAAGAAGCAGUUCAAGAGGAAGUUCCCACUGCGACAGCCCUCCUCGUUCCCAGACGCCUCAGGACAGUCAUAGAGCCUUGGAAAUCGAGAGCCACAGCAGCGGAGAAAAGAACAGCUUUCAG